AAAUUUUACCCAUCAAAUUAAUUGCAAACCAUAGGUUUGCCAGCCCCAAUAUAAUUAUUUAUCUAAUUUUCAUAGCAUUAAUUUAUGACAUUAAAUUGCAAUUUAAUAUUUAAUUUCUGUUCUAAAGAUGUAUCAUUGGCUGAAUCAACGACCUUUUUUAGCAUUGAAUCCUAUGCAGAAAGCAGAAAUUUUGGCUUUUCUAUGCAAUGAAUUAUUAUGCAGUAGAGCAGUAAUAAGGCAAAUAGAUAAUAAUAUUGAAGCUGUUAAUUCUCUGCGUAAAGAUAAAUGGUUGAUUGAGGGUGAUCUUCGAAAAUUAAAAUGUAUUCAACAGAAGAGAGUCCAUACUACUUACAUUAAACAGUGUGUUGCAGAAGAUGCUAAAGCUGAAGAAAUUACAACACAAAAAUCUGCAUCCAAUACUAAAUGUAAAAGUACAUCAAAUGUAUCAAAAAAUAAAACCAAAUCAAACAGAAGUAAAAAAGCAAAAGAUACUGAAAUAGAAGAGAAUGAUAUUGGUGGUAAUGAAAGUGGAAAUGACACUGAUGAUACUCAAGAUAUUGGUCAUAUAUCUGAUGGAGAACAACAAACUCAGUACCAAAACAAGUUAACCAGAGCAUGUCAUACAAUUAGAGCUACAACAUUUGGACAGGAUAGAUACAAAAGAAGAUAUUGGGUUCUUCCUUAUUCAGGUGGAAUAUUUGUUGAAGGUCUAGAAUCAGCAGAUCCAGAUCAUGAAAAAGUGAAAAUAAAAUCUUGUAAAGAUAUUAAUGACACAAUAGAUUUUCCUGAUGAUAAAAUGAUUACUAUAGACAAAGAUAUAAAAUUAGAAGAGACAAAUACUCAUUCAUUUAAUGAAACGGAAUCUGAAGAGAAAUUAUGUACAGAAGAUAUAUUAAAUGUAGAAAAAAUCAAAACUUCAGAUAUUGAGAAAGGUGUAAAUAAUAAAGAAAUGAAAGAAGAAAACUCAACAGAAACAGAAUUAAAAAUUUCCACUGAGUGGAUAAAUCAUAAAACUUGUUCGUCACCUAAACAAGGUGAUGUAUUUUCUCCAUUUACUAAUCAGUAUGUUAAAUCAGGGAAUAUAGAAAAAAUGCUAGCUUCUAAAUUAAAUUCUUCUAAUUUAGAAUGUGAUAAAAUACCAAAUUCUCUUCUUAGUGGAGAUCAAAACUGGUUUUUACAAUCUCCGUUUUUUGCUUCUAUACUUGCUAGUAAUAUGUUUUUUAAUGGACCAUUAAUACAUAAUAGAGAACUUAAUGGUAGCUAUUUUAAUUUUCCUAAAGGUGAUAUAUCAUUACAAGAUAGUUCAUUUGGAAAUUUUUUUGGUUUUUCCUCUGGAUUAAUAUCACCUGAACAGGUGGCUAAAAAUUGUGAAAAUUCAAAUAAUCAGUCAAAACCUUGGUUUAGUAUUUUACCACGAAUGCCAUGUGAACACAAUUCUGCCGUAUCACCUUUUAAUUCUGAAGAUAAAAAGUCAUCAGAAAUUCAAGUUUCAAAUCAUUUGAAUUCUAUUUCAUCUAUUGCAUCCACCUCAUCUAGUUCAUCUAAACAUAAUGGUACACACCUACCUCUCUUUCAACAUUCAUCUUCAAGUAAUUUAAGUUCAAAUCCCAAUCAUGCAGCUGCUACAGCUAUGGCAAACUUACAAGCUGAACUUAUGAAUGGUUUCUUUAUUCAUCCCUUUCUUGGUCCUCAACCAUUUGGUCACAGUUAUCAAAAUGGCCCAACAAUAUCUAAUACUUCUACAUCAUCUACAAAUACAACUAAUACGUCAAUUGUUACCAAUAUCAUAAAUAAUACCUCAAAUAGCUUACAACUUACAAAUUCAGAAAUUUUAUCAAAUUUUGGACUACCUAAUCUUCCUCCAGCUUCAUCUACUCCUUCCUCUAUACCUACUCCAAGUGCCACUCCAGGUCCUUCACAUGGAUCAGCUCCGUCAUCUCAGAGAGAGACACCAUCUCCAUCAUUUUGUAGAAAAUAUUUUGUUGAUAAGCAAGAACAGUAUGAAGAACCUCAACCUAUUCCUCUUGAACUUCAGCGUGGAUGGUGGAGAAUUACUGAUUCUGAACAACUUAAGCAAUUACUUAAUGCACUUCAUCCUAGAGGUAUUAGAGAAAAAAUGCUUAAAAAACAACUUCAGAAAUUAUAUAAUUAUGCUUGUGCAUCUUGUUCCAAAGAAAAUCAUGAAGCUACAGAUUUAGAAAUUACUGAUCUUGAUAGAGAAAUAUCUCAAAAAAUUGGAGGUACACCUGAUGCCAACAGUGAGAAUGAAUGGUUUCCUGAUGUGGCUCUUCGUAUUGAUCUUGCUAUUUUAGAACAUGUUGAAUCAAUGGAAGAAAAGGUUGCUAGUGCAAGUAUGCAAGUUAAGGGGUGGAAGAUGCAAGAAAAAUUAUCUAAUGAUCCUACAAUUACAUUUCAUCCUGCCUGUGAUAGUUCAGCAUUUUGCUCAUCUCUCCAAGAUAUAAAGCAUAGAAGUAGUGAUGAAGAAGAGUCAAUUGAUAAGAAUUCUGAUACAAGUUCUGUAACAAAUAAAGAUGAUAAAAAUGAUAAUGCUGAUGAAACUGAGAUUAAUGAGGAUUUAGAACAGAGGACUGAUGAUAAUGAGGAUGAUGCUGAUGCUGCUGACGAUGAUGAUGAUGAUGACGAUGGUGGGAGCUUGAAAGAUAUUAAAAACGAAAAGGACACUAGUGAUAAGGAAAUGGAUAGUUGUAAUGACACAGAACAAAAAAUUCUUAAUCCUGUGGAAGCUGCAAAAGAAAGGCUUUUACUUUUAGAAGCAGCUAUAGAAAGACGAUAUCUUAGAGCUCCACUUGGUACAAGCAGCAGUGAACUGAAAUUAUGUUCAACCUCUAGUGGAAAAACACAAAAUACAGAUGAGAAAGGUAGUGAUGAUAUCCCAGUAGGACUGUUUAAGUGGCGUGAAUCCGUAAAGAAAUGUAAGACGUCUGGACAACUAGCAAUGUGUAUCAAUCUUUUAGAAACGUGUGUUGCAUGGGAUAAAUCAAUUAUGAGAGCUAGUUGUCAGUUUUGUCAUAAUGGAGAUAAUGAAGAAAUGCUCCUAUUAUGUGAUGGUUGUGACAAAGGAUAUCAUACUUACUGUUUUAAGCCAAAAAUGGAAAGCAUUCCAGAUGGUGAUUGGUAUUGUUAUGAAUGCAUAAGUAAGGUAACAGGAGAACGUGUGUGUGUUCUUUGUGGGAAAAAGGGCAAAUUAUUAUCUUGUGAUGGUUGCCCUAAAACAUUUCAUUUAAAUUGCUUAGAACCUCCACUUUCAAAAAUAACUGCCUUUCAUGUGUGAGAGAUCUUUUGACUGCCCAUUUAUUAGAAAACUGACCAUGGGAGAUUAUGUAUACCAUAAUGUAAAGAACCUUGUUGCCGUGUGCAUUAAGUGGUGUUGUGAGUAUAAAGAUAGAUCUUUAUAAAUCUUCCUUAAAAUAAUGCUCCCUUAUGCAGACUGCUGCUCUAAAAAUGUAAUAUAAUAAAUGUAUAUAAUAUAUAAAAAUGUAAUAUAACAGCCACUUGGCACUAACUUCUACACUUAGCUAUUUUUGGUGACACUCAAUUAUUGGCAUUCACUACACUCAGGUUUACUUAUAGACCCUUUGGGGGACUACGGCCUUGCAGUAUAAAAACUGCAUGCCAGCAUGAAACAUAGAGGGUACUGUGGCCAUAUGUACGCUGUUCAGAGGGAUCCUACCUUUCACUACUGUCUAUCUCCUCUCCCUCCUUCUUCCCCUUCCCUUU